AUGUCCCAGGUGGACGAUAACCCACAGCCUGAAGCAUCGUCCCAGAUCGAGCAGCCUGCUGCUGCAUCGUCCAUAGUGGUGCCAACGUCUGAUAUUGCUCGACAGAGGCGCAGAAUAGCUGAUCUGGAGGAGAAGCUGCAAGUGCUCGAGUCGGGGCAUGCGGUGAAACAAAGGGAAACAAACUACUUCAUGUCACAAGGACGGGCCAUCAGACGGAUGGUUACACUAUAUGAUAGUGUCGAGGACUUGAUAAAUGAAAAUGAUAGGUGGUGUGACAUAGAGGGCGACGACGACAAUGUAACUUUCGAGUCCGCUCAAAAUCGGUUGCAAACCGGAUAUAUAGUCCUCAAUAAUGUACUUCCGUGGUUUCACCGAAAGGCUUCCGACAUGGAGUACGAAGAUUAUACGCACAUGUUAAAAAAGCUUAGACAGGGUGCGGACGGUGCUCGAGGUGAUGACACUUUGAAGCUCAAGCCUCUUGUCCCUGAUUGGGUCAAUCGCGAGUGGAAACCUGAUCCCCCAGUCGACCCUGAAGAUAAACACUGCCGUGGAUUCACCAAUGACGCCUGUGGCAGACUGCUCUGUCCAACAGAGCUAGACUGGAAUAACCCAAUUGUCAGAGCAGGAAUUAGGGACCGCAUAGACGGCCAUAUCGUGACGGAAAUGUCAUGGCCCGCAUUUCUUUAUGCAGGAUACACAGCCGAUCCGAAUAAUCUCGAGGAGGGUCUCUUCAAAAGCAAGCUUUUAGUUCAGGCAUUCAAAGCCAUAUUUACAUCUCCCUCUUCGGCAAAGGAAGUUGCUGGUGAUGGUGAUGGCGCCAACAUCAUCGAAAACAACAGACGCGCGAAGAAGGAUGUUUUGGGCAAGAAAGUCAAAACACACUUGCGAUUCGCCCUUUCCUCUGUAACGUCAUGGCGGUCAGUAGACGGCGACUUUGAUUACAUACAAUUCUGGUGCAAUAUUGUGGACUUCUUUGAACGCCCCCCUGGUCGAACAGCGCAGCGCAAUGUUGACCGACUUCUGACGUGGUGGACGAGGUAA